CUAUGGAUGUGAAAAAGUUAUGUGUAAUGAGUGUUUGAGGUAUGAGCCUUGUGGACUUUCCGGUCAAUAAGCACUCCGCCUUCGCAGAGACGGAUGUGUUCCUGUAUCCAUGUAUCUUUAACCUGGUUGUGUGUUGGUUAAACAACCAUUGAUAUCCAUGCGGACCUUAUUUCAAAUCAUUCUCUUGGAUUAGUGAACGACAUGUCACAUGGAACUUAUUUUGUUUGGGGAGAAAUUCAAGUGUAAUAUUAUACCGAUGACUUGGCUUUGAACUCAGGUGGAGAAUUCUUCAAGCUCUCGGAGUAAAAUGCGCAAGUUCGGGAUCGUCGCUGCUGCAGUAUAUACGGCAUAAGACCAGAAAAGGAGACGGGAACGUCAUGUGGAUGAGUCUUACUGUCUGAGGCAACAAUCAGCAACAAGCGGUCGGAAUCUUAGUUAUCAAUGAAGAAGUAAAGCGAGAUAAAAACAUCCAAGGACCAUCCCUAACGACGGACGCUUGUUGCAGUGGUUAACUAAAUCGAGCUGUUGUAAACUGACAUACGUCUUGGAUAAGUAAAAAAGUGUUGGUAAGGGUUUGCACAACAAAACGCCAAGUCAUGACCGCAGGAUGGACCUUCCAUGCUUCUGUGAUGGCAUGACUGAACGAAUGGAACCAUCAGAAGCGUAUAAUUGACGUCGAAGAUAUACAUGUACUGACCAUCGCAUUGACCAAUUAUAAGAUAGCCAGGAUACCUCCGUGAAAAAAGGCGACACUCGGUGAACAGCCCGGAUCAACAGAUUCCAACUUUUAAACACAAGGUUGAACACCGGCUACAUGACGCAAGCGCCGGCAGACUCGGGAAUCUCAUGCUUGUCUUGUUCCCCAAGAAAUGGAGGCGGCUCCUGAGAUAUCUCCUCUUCGUGCCCUUAAUUUGGAUCCUCGCCAUGACCUUGUCGGCGCAUUCCCCGAAUGACGGCGAAAACUUCCGCAGAAAUCUCAAGCAGACGACUGUUACCAAAGAAUACUCUGCAUCUUCCGGAAUUUACGAACCAUCUGGAGGUCAAGGCCAAUCAAAAUUUAGCGUCAAGAAGCCGUCCCCAACGAAAGUGCGUAAUGUCGAUGAGAAAGAAAGGUUGUUUUACCGGCACAGUGAUCGUGUCAUUAAUCCACACAAUUUUACUUAUUUAAUCAAUCCCGGCAAGUGUAGGACACUUGGUACUAUUGACAGUCCCUUUCUUGUGAUCAUGGUGCUGGCAAACGCCCCGGAUGCUGAAAAGCGUAUGACUAUCCGCAAAACUUGGGGCGGUGCUUCAGUGACCAACAACUGGCCUUUACGGAAUAUUUCAAGGAAAGUGAAUGUCUAUUUCCUCCACGCGAAAACUGACAAUAGAUAUUGGGAGAAUCAGUUGAAAGAUGAGAGUGCAAAAUAUGGCGAUAUUAUCCAGGAAGACUUCAGGGAAUCAUAUAGAAAUCUGACCUUGAAAUCCAUCAUGGCGCUCAAAUGGACGUCAACAUUCUGCCACGGUGCAUCAUAUCUAAUGAAGGUGGAUGACGACGUUUUUGUAAACACACCCUACAUUUUAGACUUGUUGAUAGCCAAGAAUCCAUCUCGCCAUGUGAUCGGUUUGAUCAGUCCAAAAUCUCGGGUCCGGCGCAAGGGAAAAUGGCUGACGACUGUUGAAGAGUUUCCCUUUGAUCAUUUUCCACCUUACACCCCAGGAGCAGGGUAUCUAAUGUCUGUACCAGUUGCAAAAGAUUUUUACAACACGUCACAAUAUGUGAAACCUAUUUGGUUGGAGGAUGUGUACAUUACGGGGAUUUUACCAAAAAUAUUGGGUACUGUGGAACAUUUCGGCAAUGAUGGCUUUACAGACGCCAUGCGUAAGGCGCCAAAACUGUGUGACGUCAUCAGAGGGGAAGCACUCACAGGGACAAGGAUGACACAGGACCAGCUGAAACAAAUGUGGGCAGAUAUGACCAACGCAUCCAAAGCCAUUUGCUAACAUGAAUUUCAUACGAAAAACGUCGUGGCGACUUUUGCGCUGAAGCGCUUGCAUCGUAAUAGUACAGUGUUCAGUUUGCAUUGGACUUCAUUAAUGAAAUGAGCUACAGCUGGUGCGCCGAAGAUAUUAUUUUGUUCACGAAACGGGUGUAAGCAUACACUUCAAACUUACCCUGUUAUACAUGUAUCUACAUGUCUUUCAAUAAACUGAUUGAUAAAAGGACGGGCACCUGUAAGGAGACGGUGAAGUUUGUUUGAUCGAUUAGUCUCCCAUUCAUUUUAUUAAUGCGUAUAAGUAAAAAGACGGGCGCAUGUAUGGAGAAUGUUGUUCAGCCACCCAGGGUACAAGCAUAUAAUUCACAUGUCAAUCGAGCAACAGGAAGGGAACGUAUAUGGAGAAGGUUGUUCAAUCAACUACCCAGGAUACGAGCUCAUCCUUCAUUAGAGUCUGGUUAUUAAGCAAUUUGUUUACAUCGACAAAUUGCAUUUAAAUGAGCACCGUUACGUCAUUGUGACAAAACAUCAUAACUGGAUAUUCCAUGGCAGAUUUGGUUCUCACCAAAAUCGCGCAAUACGGCGAAAGUGCUCGGUGAAAAUCUACCCAGCGAUCGAGUGUCUUCAUGUCAGUUGAAAAAUCAACAUGUGAAAAUAUAAUCAGUUUUCUCUCGUAAACUUCCUGAAGUUGACGCAGAUAGCUCCAUAAAAUCGCGGUAUCAGCAACGCAGAAGUAUACAAAAGCCCUCUGGCAGACAAGUAGACAAUGCAGAGGUGUAUGUAUUUGCCCCAUUCUCACGUCGCCCAAUCGACACCGCCGACCGUAUCGUAUGGACAAUAGAUUUCCGGUAUCGCGGUAUAAAAAAACCCGGUAUAUUUUCGAUUGGACACCGUGAUUCUGAACUCAUGAUUUCGCACAUCCGAACUUCACCUUAUCAUAGUCUUGUGGCAUGACAAUGUCAGUAACUUGUGCGAGGCAGUUGAAUGCACACGUUUCCAGGCGCACUGGUGAAAUGGCGUAACGUCCUUUUGGUCGAAUUCGAAGCCUCACGAGAGGACUCUGGAUAUCGUCUGGUGAUGGUUUAUGUUCUCUGAAACGUUCUGCCGAAAAGGUGGAAUUUCGAUAAGCUGAAAUUCUGACACAUUUUAUGUGGUUUCUAGCUGAUGUCACAGUUCUAAAUCAUUCAACGGACCUCGGAUAUACUUUGAUGUGAUGUGUUGAAUAUUAGUGAAAAGCAAAAAUGUUUAGUUCAUGCGGUAUUACGAUAUCGGCCUUCUCGAUUCUUUUCAUGACGAGUUGCAAAGCAGCUGCCAGCGAACUUUCUGCCGCGGAUUACCACGAAAUAAUAACUGGUGUUACAAUCUCUGGACAUGAUUUUAAGGCUCUCCCUGGCAGGGGAGAGGUGGCUUGUGCACAGGCGUGUAUCGCGGACGUAAAAUGUGCUGCUUUUAGCCUACUGGCGAAUGACAGUUGUAUGCUGAGCCAGGAAAGUGACAUUUCGCAACCUUCACCGUGGGCGUUGUCAGGAAGAAGACGCACUGUCCCCUGGUGUAGUCCUUCAGAAGGCGGAACAGUUUAUCUCGGGUUGGUUAACGAUGAUAACCAGCCAGACCUAAUCUGCCACAAUGGUGUCAAAAGAACACUGAGCUUCGCCCUGACAUUGGGUAAGAUUUCCUUACACUUUAAACCGCUAAAGCAAGUUCUAGAUUACCCACACUGUCCCUCGGAACAUGACACUGUCAUGAGAAUCGGCGAUGUCAACGGAGAUAAACUUUCCGAUAUCUUUUGUGAUGAUCGUACGUUGAAGAACAAAACAUUGAGCAUUUUGCACAUGUCGAAUUGGACACUGUUUGUCGAAAACACUUUCGAAGUCAGCGGAUUUUGUUCGGCUUCGACCGAUAGCCCGACUCACUUGGGAAGAUUUACAAACGACGGGUUCAUGCAAUUAGUGUGCAACAAUCAGAAUGGGACUCUGUUCUUGUUUGGCAUCAAGGUAGGAAGUACUGAGCAGGGCAGUUACAAUCGCGAGUUUUGUCAACCAGAAAAUAACACUGAGGGUCGUCUACUCGUCCGGAGCUUGGGUAGAGAUAGCUACGACGACCUGAUUUGUCAUGGGAAGUCAUCAACAGAUGCAAUGUUUGGUAAUUCCAAUAGAAAGUUCCCGCUAACACAGAAGAGACAGAUUCUGAAAGAAACCGAUUGCCCCUUUGGUUCAUUUCUCGACUCAGGGCACUUUGAUGGCGAUGGACGCCCAGAUUUGGUGUGUAUCACUGGCGCUGGCUCCGAGAGAAAGAUGCGCAUUUUCUUCGGCCAGAAUGACAACGUUUUUUUCAGUGAUGCAAAGAAGUGGGAGGGCAACUUCACUUGGUGCGCUGAUCCGAAUUCAACGAUUUACGUGGGAGAUUUCCGCGGGAAAUACCCGAGUCUGUUCUUGUGUCACGGACAGGAUGGUUCUUUGGAUGUGAUCGAGAGUCCUCAUGAGGAAUGAUAUAGCGGGGACGACCAAACAUUUUAAAAGGCUGUAUGUUCUUUCAUAUCUAGGCGAUUUCAGAAGCGGUCGACGACAAUAGCAUGAGAAUUUCUUAGUUAUUUUCAAAGAGAUUCAUUCGUUCGUUGUAAUGACUUCGUUGUUCCGAUGAACUAAAUUGCUUCCGAUUGGUUCUCGUGGCUUUUGGCCUUUAUUUUCGUCUCACUGUUCGAUAUACAUCUCGUUUACACUAAACCAAAAAGCAGAACGUAAGGGGAGUCACCUGGCGAUAUAAAAUACAACUAAACGAAAUAAGGUUGAGACUGAAACUGUCUUAAGACGGAACAUUCGUCAACAGUCCAAAUGUUUGAACCACUUGUUGAAAUCUCUUAUGUCUGGUCGAUGUGGUUCAACCAGCAAAUCUGGAUACAAUAAGCCACACACUCUUGACUCCCAGGUGAAAUGUUCCUCUGUAGUUAUAUUCACCUUGGAUCACAAAUCAUUUAUUAUAGUGAUUUGACUGCAUAUCUGCUGCAGACGGUUCUGAAAAGUUGUCAAAAGCACUGCAAAAAGAUCCACUUUAAAGGACUUGACUUGUGCAGCACCGUGCUAUUUACUUCAGCUACAUACAAUCAUGAGUCAAUAUCUAGGCAAAUUAGGUCGGUGGAGCAGGUACAAUAUUUUCUGAAUAUUACGGUAAUCACAUGAGUGAUUGAAGCUGGGCUAUGAACAAUACAGUCGUUCACAGCAGUAUCUUUGCACCACUCUAUCACAACCCUUCAGAACAGCUCAGCUGAGUUAGAAUUUCUUUAAUUUUCUCCAUGAAAGUAAUUCUGUUGCCUCCUUGCGGAAUUUGCUUGAACUAAGGCAAUAGAUGUAGAAAUUAAUAGUUGGGUUGAUGUAACUUAUAACAUAGGCUGUGUUCCAGCUCAUUAACCGCAAAUGAAAUUCGAAAUAACUGAGUCUUCGAUUAAAAAAAUAUCUCCAAAAGAAGUAAUCUAUCUGAUAUGGAAUCCAAAAGAAAACGAAAGCGAAUGAGUUCGCCAAUAACAUGGCGGUUAAAGACCCUUCCUUUUUCGUCAUUCUCUCCCUGUGAUCACUGAGCAUCUUCUUUCGGCGUCUACUACUGCGAGCCAAAGUGAAUGAUAUUUGUAAAUUUGCGGCUAAAACAAGCAGAAAUAACAGCCACUGGUCAAUUAUUAGAGAGUGGAGAUAAUAUAUUUUCUCGUACUGUCGCUCUUCAAGGACAAUGUCACAACUCCAGUAGUCGUAUGCUCUACGGUAUUGCGGUUCCCCCCAAAUGACGCCAGGGGUACACCGAAUUAAGUUGACCACGGUAAAAGUGGCGACUAAAACUUUCGCUCGAAACUUUGCACAGAGUACUGGUGCUUUCAAGGGGAAAACUACAGCAAUCAUUCGAUCUAUUGACAUAAAGAGGAUGAGCCAUGCCGAAAACUUGUCUCCGCCGAACAAGAAGAAGAGUAAUGAACGACAAAAUGGCCCGUUCACGACGACAGGACCGAAGUUCCUUCGUAGGUAGUGAUGUAUAAGGCAAUUUGAGACCAAGUUUAGAUCGCUUAUGGCUAACGCUAUCAUGUAGAAACCAGUGGAUGUCUUCCGGUAGCUCGGCUGAUUGAGGACACAGAGAGACAGAAUGUUACCAAAGAUGCCGAAGAGGAUCAAAAUGGGUGGAAAGUACAAGUUAUAGGCAUUGUAGAUGGAUUGCAGGUACCCAAGCAAUUCUGUGUACUCGGUGAUGGCACGACCCUGUGUGGUCAUAAGAUCACCAGGACACGUGUCACCAGAGACAACGCAUUUGGUCAAAUUUCCGCCAAAUAUUCGUCCAGUCGCCAUUUCACUGACUUGAGUCCUGUACCCUGAUACCGCUACCUAAAAGGUCGGACUAAGUGACGACAAAUGACACCCCAGACUGCGCUUAUGGAUGAUUCGAGUGAUUUUAACGGACAAUCUCACAUCCUUAUUGACGGCCUAUGCAACAUGUUUAGCGAAAUUCCGCGUAAAUGAAUUGUUCCGUUCUCUUAGACGUUUUGAAGACAAACCAAUUGAGCAUUCUACUGUAGGAGACGGCGCUAAGAACACUGGCCAAAAGCACAGAUGUCACAAUCAAAUCAUCGAGAAAACUGCCAGGGACCCGCCUUUUGACGUAUUUUGGGGUCACCUUGCAAUCUCGAUCGCAGGGUCUGCUAUUUUCAUUAGUAGAACCUGAAGGCGGGAUUGCAGAUGCGGGCCGAUUCGUUGCUAACGUCCCCCGAAUUAACACUUAGAACAUGUAGAAAAUUCCAUUUCCGUUUCCAUUGGUCAGAAAUAACACUGACUUGUCGCAACUUUAGCAUAUACCUGGUGCAUGGAUCUGGCGAAGCGAAGUGCGCAGAGAAGCGCUUCGGAUGCGAUUUAGAAAAACGAUUGUUGCGACAAGAGAUGUUACUUCGGAUCUGCACAAUAAAAGUGAUGGCGAAUUAACAUUCCUUGCCUGGCGAUUCCGAAAGAUAAGAUACCCUGAGACUGUGUUGGCUUUAAACGGUGACGUAUCGCCGGCCAAGUUAGGUGAAGUGGACUUUAGGCACCAUGGACACCCACCAGAGGAUACGGAUGAAGCGCGCAUUUGCACUCUCUCUCAAUGAACCCAAACAAUAAAUGUCAUUGGUGUCAUCGCGGAAAGUGCUCGUGCGGUACUUCUUGAUUUUGUUACCGUGGCGUGGGCGUCAAAGAAGCCUUUA